CGCCAUGAUGGCCGCCAACCGCCGUGUGAAGCUCGAUCUCUUUGCGGAACCCACUGGAGAGAUGGUUGAAGCCUCUUUAAAUGAUGAAGCUGGAGGGGGUUUUGAUCAAAAUGAUCACCCUGUGGAAUGCAAGUCACCAUCUUCUUCAGGUGGGUUCCCUCAAUUUGCCUUCCAAGGACUAUGUAGAGAAGAUAUGCCUGAACAGCCUUAUUUUGGUGGAAAUUUUUGGAACUGUUGUGCAAGACAUGUUAUUUUCCUCGAGAGCAUGGUUCUAAGGUUGUAGGGCGGCUGAAGUCUUGCACACAUUCAAUGUCCAAACUUGGUGGGGCUGCCAUGGUGACAUUUUGAGUGACUGCCAGACCUUUUGGCAGCAUCUAAGCAUUUUGGAGAUCCUGGAGAGAAUGUUUCCUCAUCGGUAAACCCCCAGAGAACCCUUUGCUUUUGCUUGGACAAUAUAGCGAUGAUGAAUUGGAUGAGGCAGAGGUCGACAAACUUCAUUUUGCUGCAACUGAGAAUUCUCAUGCUGGAAAGCAGGUAUUGGAAGCGAAUCGAGAGGGCGAUGAUGUGAUGGAAAGUAAGAGUGCCAAAUCAGGUACUCCCCAUGACAACACAGAAGAUGCUGCCUGUAAAUCUAAUCUGUUGCAAGCUAGCGAUAAUGUGGACGAGGAUGAUAUUUCUAAAGUUGAAACAGCUACUAUGUUGGAUUCACUUGGUGAAGCUAGUGAGACAGUUUUAAUAUCUGAUGUGGAGCCUUCCGAACCACAAAAUGUGGGGGAUAAUGCAGUUGUUUGGAAAGCUGUGAUGCAUGAGCAGAGCGGUCGUUAUUAUUACUGGAACAUUGAGACCGGUGAGACUUCAUGGGAAAGGCCAAAUUCUUUGACUUCAGAACUGUUGACGGUUGGUGGUGAAGGAGAAACUUCUGCCAUCACAGAUGGUGGUGGUGUGCUGUUAGCCCCAAAAGAGUUUCUUGUGCUAAAUGGGGAACCUACUGCUCCUGCUGAUGUUCAUUUAUCUGAGGGAUCUGAGUUUGCCACACCUUUGAAUAAUCUUUCAAGCAUUUUUGAUGAUACAAAGCCUGAAGAUGUGCGUGAAGUGAAAAUUUCAAUAUCCGAUGAUGGCAGGAAUAGUGUUGCAGAAGACUCAUUUGUGGAUACUGAAGGAACGCAAACAUUGUCUGUUGAUUUAGUGAGUGGCACAAAAGUGGCGGUGCAGGAUGCUAUUAUUGAUAGCAGGCAUGAGAAUUCUUUGGAUAAUGGAGGAAGUAGUGCUAAGAUCAUUCAGGACGAAGAAUGCAAAGGGAAGCUUGUCGAGUCAGAUCAGCUUAUUGAACGCUGCAAUUGCUUGUUGGGGAGGCUAAAUGAGCUGCAUAGGCUUGAUGGUACGAUUGAGGGGCACAAUAGGAGGUCUAAGUACUCGUUGGAAGUCGAGGUGAGACUUUCAGACUGCAAAGCCCUUUCAGCUUUUGGUUUUUCUCUGCUUCCACUUUGGUUGCACAUUGAGGCACGCCUUGAGCAACUUGCUGUCAUAAUCGACGAAGAAGAAGCUGCUUUUUUGGCAUCCAGACAUGUGAAGGCAGAUGAAUCCCAUUAUUCUUCACCUGGAAGAUGCAAAUACAAUGCCCACCAAAAUUCUACUGCAGAAUCUGAGGCUAAACUUGGGGAUCGACAUCUAGAUGCUUCUGUGAUUGAUGGCAGUGGCAUGAUGAAACCAGGUACUACUGUAGAGAAGACAAUUGAGCAACCUUCUGUUCCUAGUGAUGAUACUGGUUGUGAUUCUCCAUCCAAAUUUCCUAACAAGGCUGCUGUAAAUGGUCUGCUGGAAGAAGGAGAAAUUGAAUCAAGUCUCCUUGAUGACCAUGUUGACUCAAGCCCAAAUCCUGAAAUUGACGGAACUGGUGGGCAAGAGGUUUCUGAACCUUAUUCAGGGAAAACUGCUGACUUGGUGGAGAAUUUGCAUCAUGAUGUAGAUAUGGAUGUUGACAUGGAAGUCGAUGAAGAUAGUGAAAACCAAAAUGUGGUGCCACAGACAACCUCUAGCACCAACUACUCCUUGCCUGCAGAGCAUCAGAUCUUUGCAAGUCAACCUUCGGUGGAUCCUUUACCUCCAAUUCCAGCCCCAGUUGGUGAACCAUGUCCACCCCCUCCUUCAGAGGAGCCUCCGGAGGAGGAUUGGAUUCCUCCACCUCCUCCUGACAAUGACCCGACCCCUCCACCACCUCCAGAUGAUCCACCUGUGCCUCAAUAUGCUUCAUCUUCUCUGUAUGCUCAUCAUGAAAACAUGUAUCCUCCUUUACCAUACACCCAGCAUUACAGUUUCACAUACACAGUUCCAGGUCUUGAUUAUUAUGGAGUCACUGCCACUGAGGUUCCUGAUGGCGUCUAUUAUUCUCAUAGUGUUGCUGUUGGCAGUCAGCUUGAAGUUCAAGUACCGGGUUAUGAGGAAAUGGUGAAUCCCAUUGCUGAAGCCCCUUCUGUGAUAACUAACCCAGUUGGACCUGUGCUAUAUUAUGAAGCUCCAGGAACAGAAUCUUCAGCAUCUGUAUCACAAUCCUCUGGAUACCAUGACAUUUUGGGAAGUAUUUCCUAUCAAGAGACAUUGGGUGCUAUCGGAUCUACAUGUGAUUCAUUACAGAGUCUUGAAGUAGAGGGUGAUGCAUCACCCUUCCGUAGUAGUACACAGGAGGCACCUAAACAAAUUGCAGCUUCAUCAGCCAUGUUACCAGUACGAGAGAGUUCUACAGUUACAACUGCCACAGCAGCAGCAGCAGCAGCUGCUGCUGCAGCUACAAAAAAUCCAUCUAAAGUAGGCCGUGUUAAGAAGAAAACAGUUUCUGUUGCAUCAACUUUGAGGUCAAAUAAGAAGGUCUCCUCGUUGGUAGAUAAGUGGAAAGCUGCCAAGGAGGAAUUGCAUGCAGAAGAGAAGGAUGAACCUGAAAAUGCAUAUGAGAUACUUGAGAGAAAGCGCCAGAGAGAGAUAGAGGAAUGGCAUGCAAAGCAGAUUGCGAGUGGAGAGGCUCAGGAGAAUGCUAAUUUUCAGCCUCUUGGUGGUGACUGGAGGGAAAGGGUGAAACGGAAGAGAGCAGAGAAGAAAGGUAUCGAGACAGAAACUGAGUCGGACCAAGCACCUAUAGGAAAGCAGCAGCCUGACGUAACCAAACUCUCAGAAAACCUUCCUUCUGGAUGGCAGGCAUAUUGGGAUGAGUCUUCUAGUCAAGUUUACUAUGGGAACUCAUUGACUAUGGAAACCACUUGGACUAGGCCGGUUUCUUGAUUUGCAAGGCCUUGCAAGAGGCGUAAUUUUGUCUUUUUGUACAGCAAUGAAGCUGUCUCUAAUUUUGUCUCCGCCCGAAGAAAGAAUGAGUCUCCGCCCCAAGAAAGAAUGAGUGUAAUAUAUGCAUAAACGGCGUCUUGAGAACGAGUUUUCUCCUCUCUUCUCUCUC